AUGUUCCGCCCCGCUAUGAGACAAGCCACGAGAAGCGCCUCGGCACUUCGCCCAACCGUGGUCCGCUCCUUCGCCUCGGCACCGGGCCCUACCUUUAACUGGCAAGAUCCUCUUUGCUCCAAGAAUCUGCUCACAGAGGAGGAGAUUGCUAUUUCAGAUACAGCGGAGAGAUACUGCCAAGAGCGCAUGUUGCCUCGGGUUCUACAGGCCUACCGCGAUGAACACUACGACCCCAAGAUUCUCGAAGAAAUGGGCGAGCUCGGUCUUCUCGGCGCCACCAUUCAGGGCUACGGCUGCGCUGGCGUGUCGAAUGUCGCCAGCGGUCUCAUCACCCGAGCGGUGGAGCGCGUGGACAGUGGCUACCGCUCCGGCAUGUCGGUGCAGUCGUCGCUGGUCAUGGGCGGCAUCAAUGAGUUUGGUACAACGGAGCAAAAGGAGCGUUUUCUCCCCGAAAUGGCCAAGGGCAAGCUCCUCGGCGCUUUCGGUCUGACGGAGCCCAACCACGGCAGCGACCCUGGCAGCAUGGAGGCGGUGGCACGUCCGCACCCAACCAAGAAGGGCGUCUACCUACUGAGUGGCGCCAAGACGUGGAUCACAAACAGUCCGAUUGCUGAUGUUUUGAUGGUCUGGGCCAAGCUCGAAGAAACGGGCAAGAUUCGCGGUUUCCUGGUCGAACGCAAGGACUGCCCAGCCGGCACGCUCGCCACACCGUCCAUCAAAGAUAAGAACGGCCUGCGCGCCUCCAUCACGGGCAUGAUUCAGCUUGAUGACUGCCCAGUACCAGUUGAGAACAUGUUUCCCGACAUUGAGGGUUUGCGCGGACCUUUUUCGUGCCUCAAUAAUGCCCGCUACGGCAUCGCCUUUGGCAUCAUGGGCGCGCUAGAGGAUUGCAUCGCGCGCGCGCGCACUUACGCUCUGGAGCGCAAGCAGUUCAAAGGCAACCCAUUGGCGCGCUAUCAGCUGAUUCAGAAGAAGUUGGCGGACGCCACGACCGACGCCGCGUAUGGCACCCUGGCGGCGAUCCAGGUCGGCCGUCUCAAGGACGAGGGCAAGGCGACUCCUGAGAUGAUUAGCAUGGUCAAGCGAACCAAUUGCGAUGCUGCACUGCGAAAUGCUCGCAUCCUGCAGGAAAUCUUUGGCGGCAACGCCGUGUCGGACGAGUACGGUAUUGGCCGCCACGUUGCGAACCUAUUUGUGACGCAAACGUACGAGGGCCAGAGUGAUAUUCACAGCCUCAUUCUCGGAAGAGCCAUUACUGGUAUCCAGGCCUUUGUCUAA